AUGCGGUUUAAGCAGGCCACCCCACAGCCAGUUAGGAAAAAAUACAGGCUAUAUUCACCAACAGCUUUGACCAAUGCCUACAAAUGUGUUCGGGAGGAAGGUGUAUCAGUAUUAAGAGCCUCAAAAAUAUAUGCUGUGCCAGAAAAUACUUUAAGGGACAGAGUUUUAGGAAAAAUUGAUCCUGAAAAUUUUGUAAUGGGUUCCAAUCCUUUGUUUAGCCAGCUUGAGGAGGCCUUUUUGGUAAAACACUUUCAAACCAUGGCUGAAUAUGGAUAUGGCUACACUUGUCAAGAAUGUAUUGAUAUUGCAAGUGACUUUGCAGUAACCCUUGGCAAAAGGACCAAGACUCAGACGUUAUCAUUUCAUUGGUUAGAGGGUUUUAGAAGUAGGUGGCCAGAAAUGAAAAAGCUGAAUCCCAGGUCAUUAGAAUAUGCACGGGCUAAAAUGGCAAAAGAAUCUGUUGUGAAUAACUACUUCGACAACUUAGAGCAGUGUUUAAGGAAACAUGACCUGCUCGACAAGCCACAUCUUAUUUUUAAUGUGGACGAGAAAGGCCUUACCUGUGAUCAUAAGCCCCCUCCUGUUAUUGCAAGGGCAGACCAUUACCCUCCAGCUGUCACAUCUGGCAAAAGUAAGACUGUCACGCUUAUUGGAUGUGGCAGUGCUAGCGGUUAUGCUUUGCCACCAUACCUUAUCUUCCCAGGUAAAAGACUUCUUCCAGACUUACUUGAAGGCAGCAGUCCGGGGGCAACAGGAACUAUGAGCGAGACCGGUUGGUCCAAUUCUGCAAUUUUCCGAGAUUUUAUGGAAAAUCACUUCCUGAAAUAUAUUCCAGGUCGUUCAGAUGAGAAGGUCCUACUUAUAUUGGAUGGCCACCGUUCUCAUAUAUCUGUAGGAUUGGUUGACUGGGCUAAAGAUAACAAUAUUAUUCUUUUCAUACUCCCUGCACACACAAGCCACCUGCUACAACCCUUGGAUUUAGCUUGUUAUGGCCCUUUUCAGCGUAUUUACAAUCAUGCAUGUCACAAGUUAAUGCGCGAAACAGCUGCAGCUAUUACAAGAUACAAUAUUUGUGCAAUUGCUUGUAAGGUAUAUCACCAGGCCUUGAAACCAGAAAAUUUGCAGUCUGGCUUUAAGCGUGCUGGUAUUUAUCCACUUAAUAAGGAAGCUGUACCAAAACACGACUUGAUUCCAGCAGAACUUUACACUAGUGAUACUGACUCUGAUGCAACUGUUGAAGGUGGUAUUUGUGUGGAUGUAGCAGAUGGGUAUAGCAUGUUUGCAGGUAAGGAAAAUGACCUUAAAAUGAACAAAGCAAAGUCUACUGCAAAGAAAACUAACAGGAGAAAUGUAAGUAACAUUGUAGCUGGCAAAGAAAUUACUGACAGCACUGUUCAUGCAAAAUUAGCUGCAUAUGAAAAUGAAAAAUCUAUGCCAAAACCUGCAAAAAAGUCAAGUGCCACUGGAAAAAACAAAAAAAAAAUGAAACUUACUGCACAGACUGUGAAACCAACUAUAGAACCACAACCUGGCCCUUCCCAUAUAAAUCUUGCCAGUAGUAGUUCUACCUCUUCAGAUGAAGAUGAUGAUGAAAGUGACAAGUGUUGUGUUUGCAACUUAUUCACACCAAAGGAAGUGUCUGGUGCCACAUCUCUUAUUUUCACUAAGUGGGCCCAGUGUGAUGGUAUGAUUAACGGAAGGCCAUGUCUGCACUGGACUCAUCUUGCCUUCUGCACAGAAGUAAGAGUGGUCAGAAGAGGAGAUAAGUUCCUUUGCCCACAUUGCAAGGAAGAAUAA